CAAACACCCCCACCUCCAUGCUGAGUUUUUCAAAACAACAGUCAAGAUAAUUAUUUCAGUCUAUUCAAAGCAUACACAAAGGAAAUAGAUUGCUGAUGUAAAUGUGUCAGCUAAAGUGUUAUAUAGUGAGUUUGAUGUGAUGAUAACAGUGAUGCGUCCUGUAGGGAGAUGGCUGUGACGACUACGAUGCAACCAGAUAGGCCCAAAGGACUGGAACUGAGGAAAUGGGUAGAAAUGCUCAAAUCAGUAAAAAUGAAGACAAAUGAAAGAGUAUGAAUGUUUGUGUCAGUUAGUUUGAAUAACAGGAAGCAUUUAGUGGGAAAAAAUGCACUUUGUGGCUGGAAAAUUCAAAUCCAGGACCAAGAAAGGUUUAAAAGAAGGACAAUAUGGCGGCCAAAAAGCAAAAACACAAUUAUGCAGUAUAUUACACUUUGUAUUAAGAGGCACAACUUUUAAACAAUCUGCCCAGUAAAACCCAGGUUAGAGACAAAAAUGCAUUUUAAAGGUCAUCCCUGACGUUGGAUGGAGGUAAUUUACAAUGCCUUUAGUGACGUGGAUGUGAGGGGCGUAGGUGGGAUUUAAGGUGAGGGGGAGUUAAACUGCCUAGACAGAUGGUAGUCUGGAUUAGGUUUCAGUAGUCAACUAAACCCAUUGAAAGGCCACUACAGAAAAAAGCAGACAUACAGUGAAUGAACUAAUGCUAGCUUUAAAAAAACAAAACACCUGGAGCGAAUUUUCAACAUGUCUGCUAAUGUUCUGGUCAGUUUAUAGAAGUGAUGUUUAAGUUUGUAGCUUCUUAAAUACUUCUCAAUUCAUCAAAAGGGCUGUAAGCACAAUGAAACAGUGAAAUGCUUAAAAUAAAUAAAGAUUAGUAUCCAAGUAAAGUAAAACCAUAAACUUCUUAGACGGGAGGCAUACCUCAGAAAUCAUAAUAUUCAUAAAUAAUAAACAAAGGAUUAAACUCAACAAUCUCAUAUACUGUAGAUAUUUCUAGACUAAGAGACCCAAUAAAGAAAAGUAGGCUCAGCCACCUUAAAUCCCGCAUUAACAGAAUUAACCCUCUCGCCCAUGGGAGGCGUGCGUUCCCCCUGCCCUCCUUAUCUCUUACUGUCUUACUUGUUGAGACACACACUCAAAUCUUCAGCCAUCAUCUGCCGAAACAACACACAGGUAAGCUUUCCCUACAAUCCUCACUAUGCUAUUUAUUGAUACGGAAGUUUCAUCUAUUAAACUCAUUUCAUUAGUGGACUUUACCAUAUGCAUUUUUUUUCCUUCUCUGUUCUCUUUGGCCUCUAACAUCAACAGCAGAGGUCAAGCCAGAGGAGAAAUCCAAGUGGCACAGGAGAAAUAAAACUCCAGUGGCAAAUAUUUGCCAGUGAGAACUGACCCUGAAAAACUACCAUGGGAAAUUCAACCAGUAGCGCAUUAUCGAAGGAGAUCCUGAAGGACCUGAAGCUCACCACACACUUCACUGAGGAUGAGAUCUCCCAGUGGUACGAGAACUUUCAGAAGCAGUGCCCGACAGGACGCAUUACACCAGAAGAGUUUGAGCAGAUCUACGCCCGCUUCUUCCCUGACAGCGAUGCAAAGAGCUACGCACGACAUGUGUUUCGCUCCUUUGACGCAAACGACGAUGGCACCUUGGACUUCAAGGAGUACAUCAUCGCACUGCACAUGACCUCCAAUGGGGAGCCGGCCAGGAAACUGGAGUGGGCCUUCUCGCUGUUUGACGUGGACAAGAACGGAUACAUCAACAAGACAGAAGUGACAGAGAUCUGCCAGGCCAUAUUUAAGCUGAUCCCCAAGGAGGAGCAGGCCAAGCUACCAGAGGAUGAGAACACACCAGAGAAGAGAGCCAACAAGCUGUGGGCUUACUUCGAAAAGAAAGACAACGAGCGACUGGCUGAGGGAGAAUUCAUCAAGGGGGUGAUUGAAAAUGAGAAUGCAAUGCGUCUUAUCCACUAUGAACCAGCGAAUGAAUAACCAUUUAACCAUUUAAUUCCCUCUCGUUAAAGUCUUUCAAACCCUUUUCCUCCUUGCUCUUGGAUCCACUCCACCCCUCUGUGUAAAUGCUCUUCCUGCUAAAUAUUGGUUGCAACUAACAUUUCAGUAAGUUUUGUUUAUGUCAGAUUGUUUUACUAAUGUUUGUCCUUUAAUUGAUAUAAUAUUGAAGCUAAAAGAGGCCAAUUAAGGCGUAGCGUUUAACAUUUCUGUACAGGUAAAAAAUAAGCUUUCUUGCUACUUCUUUUGUAUAAUAAUAAACAAUUCAUAAGUAUCAUACCCGAUAGGUAGCUUAUUAUAGUUUUUUUACAGAACUGGAAAUGUCUACAAAAGGUUGUAGCUCUAACGUGUUGUACUGAAUUCACUGUACAAUAAAUACAUUAAAGGUUUUCUCAUAUAUCUGUGCUUAAAAAUCGAGUUAUUUGUCUCCCCCAGUAAACAGUAAAUUCUUCAAUGACCUAGAAACACACUGCAUAAUAUGCUAUCAAA